AUGCAGUACAAGACCCUCUCUCUGCUCGCCUUGAGCGCGACUGCUCUGGCCGCCCCGAGCCCCCAGAAGAACACCGAACUGGAGGAACUCCCUAAUUACGAGGAGGUCUCCUCCGUGUCCGCUGCUGCCAGCGAGACUGACGUCGACCUCGACUCGUUGUUUGCCGCGGUUGGCAUCCCUACUUCCGUCGCGAACGUCCUCGAAACCGCCAUGCCCCUUUCGUUCAUCACCUCGCUGGCCGAUGAAUCCUUCGCCUCGAAGGUGGACAAAGACUGGGAGAGCGGCAAGUAUCCCGAGUGGUACUCCAGCUUGCCCAGCGACGUCAAGGAUUAUAUGAACUCUGCCGUCUCCGACUACGGCGAGGUCUCUACCAUCCCGGCCAACACUGCUCUGGCCACCGACAACACCGGCAAGAGCACCACCGCUGACUCCGCCUCCGCGUCCGCCACUGCCACUGCCACGGCUACGGCUACGGCGACGGCCACCGACACUAAGGGCGCCUCGUCCUCCGCCGCUCACGCCAGCAACUCCCAGACCACCGGCUCUCAGACUUCCGGCGCCCAGACCACUGGAUCGAGCUCCGCCUCUGGCAGCUCCGCCGCCGCCGAGACCACCGGCUCUCAGGGCGCUACCUCCGAGGGCGGUGCUCCCGCUCCCACCGGCGCCAUGGCCGCUAGCUUGGCCGGUGCUGCUGGUAUCAUUGGUCUCGCCUUUGCUCUGUAA